AACCGCACCGCUUCAAGAAGAGAUGCCAUACACCUUCACUGCUGUCUGAGCUUUAUUGCCAAAGGUAAUAAAAAGCCUAUAAUGCUGCAUUUCCACCACAAGUUGCCCGCGGGGGGAGCCGUGGUCCUGCUCGCCUUCCUCCUCCAUGGAUGCGCCGUGCAGGUUGCGUCUCUCCCCCGCCACUACAGGCUCCGAGGCGGGGAGAGUGAGGGGCAGCCGGCUGCCUACCCACCCAGCUCCGACAUGAUCAAAGCCCUGGAGUACAUUGAGAACCUGAAGCAGCGGAACGGGGGCCGACCUGAACCCGUGGAUUACGACGAAGUGGACAAGUUCAGGGUGCUGCUUCAGCUCGCCUCGCAGCAGGACGAGGGUCCCGGGGACCGUCAGCCCGCCCCCGGCGCGCAGAGGCAGGACAUUACCGCCGAGCAGCUGAUGAAAGCCCUGCUCAAGUCUCUCCAGGAUCAGGCCGGGAAAGAAGCCAAGCUCAGCCCCGCAUCGACGCCCAGGAACGACCGCCGCACACACAGGCACCGCACCAAAGACACCGAGGUCUCCGAGAGCGCACCUGCAGACUACGGUAAUUUCCCCAGACCCCACAAGAAAUACCCACUGAUGUUUGAGGAUGAGGAGAAUACAGACGCUUCCAAGCGGGCCACGGAGGACCUAGAUGAGCAGUACACACCCCAGAGCCUUGCCAAUUUACGCUCCAUCUUCGAAGAGCUUGGGAGGAUGCCCACAGUCGGCGGCCAGAAGAGAGACGUGUUCGGCGACGACGACGAGGAGGAGGAGGGCGGGUUGAGCCUGAGAAACCAGGCCUACGAGGACGUUGCCGGAGGAGAAGAGUGGGUCCCCGUGGAGGAGAGGGAGGAGACGGAGGAGAUGGUCAACAGGAGCCACGAAGAAAUGGACAGGGCCCUCACAGACCAGGAGGAGGCGGAGAGGGAGGAGAUGCAACGCCGGGCGAGCCAGAACCAAGAGGGUACCGAUGAUGACACUAAGCUGGUCGACUACUACCUGUUGAAGGUCUUGGAGAUGAGCGACCAGACGCAGAAGAGGGAUAAGACCGGAGAGCAGAGAAAGAGACUGAUCCGCCCCUCCAUCGUGGACCCCCGGACAGUGAAGGAGUUGCUGGAGCUCUCCCUGAAGCUCCACGUCCCUCCACAGGACCUCAUCGACAUGCUGCUCACGGAGGAGCUCAGGAAGCUUCACCGCGAUCCCCACGCCUCCGCUCGCUACACGACCGGCCAGACCCCCAAGAUCAGGUACUUCAGCCGCAGACUGCCGCUCAAGAACAAGCCCGCCCCCGAGGACAUGGACCGAGAGGACUUUUUAGACAUAAUCGGCGUGGAGACUAUCAGCAACGAGUACCCUGUGGUGCAGAGACCCCUGAAGACCGCUCCCUCCUCGGACAGAAUCCCAGUGGCGUCCAAUCCCGCUGCAAAUCCGGGUCAGGCUAAAAUCCCUCCUCCCUCCGGGCGCAGGGAGAACCUCUUUCUGUCCGAGCUCAACAAGAUGCCCCUUAAGCGCCAGGCCGACGGCGCCGACGAUGAUGAUGACGACGGCGACGUGGAAGACGAGGUGACCACCUACCUGGCGGCUAAAAUCCUGACAGAGUACCCCAACACCAUCACCAAGCGGGACACCCAGGCACAGCUGAAGGGCCAGUUCCCCUACGAGCUGUACGAGCGGGCCCUGAAGGACUACUUGGGGCAGGCGGACGCAGAAAAGAAGCCGGUGUCUAAGAGGGAAACCGAGGUGGCCACAGAGGAGAAGAUCUAUCCGACGGAAAUGCAGGGGAAGGAGGAGAUAACGGCCAAGACCUCGGCUCCACAGACCGUAGAUGAGGAAGAGGAGAAGGAGCACCGUGAAAAAACAAUGGCUGGGAUGUAGCCUGACGCCCUGCAAGACGCACGAAAUUAUGAAUAUAGUAUUUAUACUGUCUCAAAAAUAAAGUUUGGUGGACGUGAUCUAGUUUACAAAUUUCUAUUAUAUGAACUAUAGCUAGUAUUGCUAAUAUCACCCUAACGCAAAUGAACUAUAGAAGUCUGACAGGUUCGAUGCAUUUUGAAAAGAGAUACCAGUCCCUAACUGCUGCAAGAACAUUAUAGAAAUCUUAUAGUGUCAUCAUAGGAGAUUAAAGGUGCAACAAAGGUGCAAAGGUGGGAAAAAUAUGGCCUCCUCACACCACUUUGAUGUGAACCUUUUGUCACUCAAAUUGCCAGUAAACACACUAAUGUCAAAUAUGUCAAAUCACAAAGAAAUCCGAGUUAGUGAAGUUUUGUGAUGUUGUUAAAGGUUCGUUUCUAUUAAUGGUGUUUGUAAACAGCAGAAAACAGGCCUAUAUUUUCAAUUAUAAUCAACUGAGUAAUAGUAAAAACGCUUAAUUUUUCAUCUCUGUCAAACUAUUCAAUUCCACAUGUGAAUAUAUCUGUAAAUGAUGAAGUCUAACGCUGACUGGGCCUUUAAAACACAAGGACAGGGUAGACUGACAGGAGCGCUAUGGGAAGGUCACCUGGAUCUCUCAUCAGGGCAGUGUGCUGGGCUGAGGACGAGUG